AUGCUCACCUCAUCUGUCUACCUAGCUAUCAGUUACCCGAUCCUGGGCGCCGUGCUCUACUUAGUGCAGAAAUUUUACCUCCGCACGUCGCGACAGCUACGAUUGCUCGACUUAGAGGGCAAGAGUCCGCUUUUCACGCAUUUCCUCGACACGCUUAAGGGAAUCGCCACUCUACGGGUCUUCGGGUUCAUCCCGGAUGAUGUAUCUAAGAACGCUAGUCUGGUGGAUGCCAGCCAACGCCCGGCCUAUCUCCUUCUUAUGGUUCAGGAGUGGCUGAACCUAGUCCUUAACCUCGUCGUGACGAUCAUCGCGGCGAUCCUGACAACGCUGGUCGUCUGUCUGCAUUCGAUCUCAGCCUUCGCCGGUGCAUCGCUAUACUCGCUGAUGACCUUCGGCGAGAGCCUCUCUGGGAUCGUGAUUUACUAUACCAAACUGGAGACCUCCAUCGGCGCUAUCGCGAGACUGAAAACAUUCAACGAGACCGUCACGCCGGAGGACCAUGACAGUCCCGAAGAGGAGGACAUCGUCCCAGAUGCGAAAUGGCCGGAUCGCGGGCUGGUCACAUUGCGUGGUGUAUCCGCCCAGUAUAACACCACUACCGUGUCAGAAUCGGACUCUGAUUUUGACUCCGUCAUUUCUGGUGUCGGCACGCCGCUUCUACCCCUUAAGAACCUUUUUCUAACCAUCUAUCCGGGGGAAAAGGUCGCUAUAUGCGGCCGCACCGGCAGCGGCAAAUCCAGCUUCCUUGCUCUCUUACUGGAACUCCUCGAUCCGCUGCCCUCAUCUAACAACAAUCAUGACCAGGAGUCUCCAAUCUUGAUCGACAAUAUCCCGCCUGCACCGCAUCCAGCGCGCGACCCUCCGCCCACGCCUCAUCGCCGUGCCCCUAGAUCCAGUCUUCCUGCCCGAUGGCUCAUCCUUUCGCGCCAACCUUGA